AUGAAAACUGAACUGUUUCAAUCUGUUCACAACAAAGCGGAAUAUAUCAACUUCGAGUACACCUUGAACUGGCAAACUCUUUAUUUUGGUCUCUUCCUUUCUGCAAUUCCAUAUCAGGCUUUCACUCUCGCUAGAAUGUGCUACAUAUAUUGCAAAUCAAAAUCAAAAGCAACACUCCAUUUAGUUCCGUUCACUAGUUUGAUGAUGAUGGGAUAUUCGAAUUUGUUUUUCUGCAUUCUUGAUAACAUCGUUUUCCGUCUUCCAUCCACGGCGAUUUUUACGUCAUUAUGUGCAUCGAGUGAUCCAAACAAAUUUUUGAUAAUAUUGUAUAUUUUGCAACUUAACUCGACAUAUUUGUCGUUGGGAUCCUCUUUCUUGUUCUGCGUCACACGGUGCAUUAUUCAUUUUAUUCCUCUCUCUUAUAAGAAGAUAGCAGCAUGGACCUUACUCUUCGGUUUUGUGAUUAUCAUAUGUUUCGGAAUCUAUGCUUCAUCUUUUAUGUUCGGUGGAAUUGGAUAUUGCCGCCAAUGGGACCAUCCAUUCAGUUUUGGUGCUGUUUAUAUCUCCUACGCCGAAACCGACCAACGACAUGACCCUUUCUUUGUUCCUGUCACUAUAACACUAUCAUUGUUUAUUGUACUCGUAAACAUUGGAGUUAUAUGUCAGAAUAAAAAAAUGGCUAAAACUACAAAUGCCGGGCGAAGAGUAUACACUGACUCCGCUGGAAAAUCUCUGUAUUACACCACAUUGGCCAUGAUAAUACCAUAUUUGUUUCACGGAUGUUUGACGGUUGUCUCUGUGUACUAUCCAGCAACUUCCGCGUACGUCAUUCUCAUUCGCUCGGCAGUUACAGACGUUUUUCAAUGCAGUAUUUUGGCGCUCUACAACAAACACACAAUGUUUCAAACCAAAAAAACUUCACCAGUUGCAAUAAUCCCUCUUUCUAAUUUAUCUUAA